AUGGCAUCUCCCGCUCCCAAGAUGAAGGGUGCCCUCACCGAGCGUGACCUCGAGAUCAUGGCCAAGGCCUGGCACUGCAUGAAGGCUGAGCCUGAGGUCGACUUUGCCAAACUCGCCGAGCUCACCGGCAUGACCAACCCGCGCAGCGCCGGCAACGCCUGGCGCAACAUCAAGACCAAACUCUUCGCCGACCUCCCGCCCGCCGAGCCCGCCACCCCGGGACCCGGCCGAAAGCGCAAGACCCCUGCCAAGAGCAGGGCCAAGGCCACUCCCAAGGCCGCUGCCGCCCCCGCCAGCGACGACGAAGACAACAAGCUCAUCGCCACUGCCGACUCCGACGUCGACGAGCUCGAGGCUCAGAGCCCGACCAAGAAGCGCAAGAGCCCCGCCAAGAAGGCCGGCAAGAAGGCCCCUCUGUCUGCCGCCAAGGUCGAGGACGACUCUGAUGAGGACGGGGAGAUCAAGACGGAGCCUAUCAAGGCUGAGGAACAGGAGGAGUACAUCGAGGAGGACGUCGGCGAGAUCUGA